UUGAAUUCCAAAGGCAAAAAAACAAAAAUCUUUGGAAAUUCAGACUUUUUUGUUUACCUCUCUUUCUAGUUUCUGGUACGCGUAUUCGGCCGAAUUAAUUAAUCCCAUUUCUUUCCGCUUCGGAUUUCCCAGUUCCUCUUAAGCCCUCCCUUUGAAGAUUCAAACUUCCACCCAACAACAACGACAACAACUAUUUCUUAUUCGUCUCUGCGGUAUGCAUCUUGCCGUUGGGGUGACUGGAAAGUUUUUCCCGGAAAACUUCACAGAUCUGAUAAUUGGGUCUGGAAUCGCUCGGUUGUUGACGCUUCGUUCUGAAUUUUGAGGGUAAUUUCGCCCGGUGGAGGUUUCCAGCUCGUUGGAGUCAGCCUUCACGGAUUCGUGAAUUUGGGAACCCUAGAAUUUCAUUUCGGGUUUUCAUGGCUUCGGGAGCUAUCUUCUCGUCGUUGCGGCGGAGGAGGUCGCCGACGUUGGAAGCCUUCCUUGCUCCGGUUGACUUGUCCGAUGUUGCUUUGGUUCAAACCCUCGCCUCUGUGGCUAGCGAGCUUGUCACGUGCUUUUCCGGACGCUCUUUCUUCUUCCAGCGCAAGAAUUCGCGGUCGCUCAUUCGAAAGGUCCAGGUCUUUCAGUUACUUUUGGAAUAUUUGACGGACACUGGCGCGUGUAUUCCACCGACGGCGGUUCUCUGUUUGAAGGAGCUUUAUUUGCUGUUGUACCGGUCGAAGAUUCUUCUUGACUAUUGCGCGCAAUCGAGUAAGUUGUGGCUUUUGCUUCAGAACCAUUCAAUAUCUGGCCAUUUCCAUGAUUUGAACCAAGAAGUAUCGACCAUUCUGGAUGUAUUUCCUAUUAACGAUGUCAAAUUAAGUAAGGACGUCAGGGAACAGAUUGAACUGUUGAAAAAACAGUCGAGGAAUGCCAAGUUAUUCAUAGACAAGAAAGAUGAUGAUCUCAGGGUUCGCUUCUUGUCAUUUCUUGAUGCAUUUGAAAAUGGGAAAAUCCCUGAUUCAACUGAGUUAAGGUCUUUAUUUGUGGAGAAAUUGAAGAUUCUAGAUGCUAGAAGUUGCAGAAGUGAAAUUGAGUCUUUGGAGGAGCAGAUUGUGCAUCAUGAGGGAGACGUUGAGCCAACAAUUUCUGUGCUUAAUGGGCUUGUUGCUUUGACCCGGUAUUGCAGAUUUUUGCUUUUUGGAUUUGAGGAAGAUGAGCUGGAGUUAUGCAGUGGAUGUAAGAAGAAGCCCAGAAGGGGAUUGAUUAGUCAAGAAAUUGCUGGAACGUUUAUAAGUAUUCCCAAGGACUUUUGCUGUCCAAUAACACUGGAUCUCAUGCGUGACCCAGUUAUAAUUUCCACAGGACAGACAUAUGAUCGAAGUUCCAUAUCCCGCUGGAUAGAUGAUGGGCACUGCACUUGUCCAAAAACUGGGCAAAUGCUUACCAGCACGCGCCUUGUUCCUAAUCGGUCUCUUAGGAAUCUGAUCAUGCAAUGGUGCACUGCUCAUGGAAUUCCCUAUGAUCCACCAGAGUUAAUGGAUCCUUCAGUUGAAAUUUUUGCAUCAACUUCUCCUACAAAGGCCGCCCUUGAAGCCAACAGAGCAACAGCAUCACUUCUUAUUCAGCAGCUUGCGGAUGGCUCACAAGUUGCAAAGACUGUUGCUGCUCGGGAGAUUCGAUUGCUAGCAAAAACAGGAAAAGAAAAUCGGGCCUUCAUUGCAGAAGCUGGGGCUAUUCCUCAUCUUCAAAAGUUACUUUCCUCUCCUAACGCUGUUGCCCAGGAGAAUUCUGUAACUGCAUUGCUCAACCUAUCAAUUUAUGAGAAGAACAAAAGUCAGAUAAUGGACGAGGAAGGAUGUCUGGCAUCAAUAGUUGACGUGUUGAGAUUUGGGCAAACAACAGAGGCAAGGGAAAAUGCUGCCGCAACAUUGUUCAGUCUAUCUGCUGUCCAUGACUACAAGAAGAGAAUUGCAGAUAAGGUGGGAGCUGUGGAAGCCCUGGCUGAUUUGUUGCAAGAGGGGACGCCAAGAGGGAAGAAGGAUGCUGUGACAGCUUUGUUUAACCUUUCCACCCACGCUGAGAACUGUGUUAGAAUGAUUGAAGCAGGGGCAGUGACAGCUCUUGUUGUGGCUUUGGGAAAUGAAGGAGUUGCCGAGGAAGCAGCAGGUUCCUUGGCCUUGAUUGUUCGGCAGCCUAUUGGAGCCAAGGCUGUGGUUAAUGAGGAAGCAGCUGUAGCUGGAUUAAUCGGAAUGAUGCGAUGUGGGACACCAAGAGGUAAAGAGAAUGCGGUUGCAGCCUUGCUUGAGCUGUGCCGGAGUGGGGGUGCAGCUGCAACCGAAAGGGUGGUUAGGGCACCUGCUUUGGCAGGAUUGCUCCAGACAUUGCUUUUCACCGGGACAAAGCGGGCAAGAAGAAAAGCAGCUUCCCUGGCUAGGGUGUUUCAGAGAUGUGAAAAUGCAACUUUGCAUUAUGGUGGUUUAGGUGUAGGGUAUGCAUAUGCCAGCAAUUCAGCUGCAGACAGGGAUACAAGCUUUGCUGGUGAUGUCUCAGUACCAAUGUCCAUCUCUGUACCUGUUGUGUAGUGUCAAAACCAGUUUAUUUCGUUCUCCAAUUUUUAUUGGACGUUGUUAUAGAAUUCUUUCAUUGAAAUUUAUAAUCAUAAGAAGUCACAGGCUAUACCAUAUGUAUUAUAAGAGAAACAUUGAGUGCUGUUGAACAGGUGGCUUAAACAUGCUUGUAACCUUUUUAAGUUAUGGAAGCAAAA